AUGCUCCCAAAUCGUCAAUGGGAACUAGAAGAGCAAGUGGACAGGAAGAUUGCAGGCAGUUGCAAGGCUAAUAACGUUGUCAUAGUAGGGGAUUUUAACUUUCUCAUUAUAGACUGGGACUGUCAUGGUGCUGAGGACUUUGUCCGGCCGAGAGGAGAUUACUCUAGAGCGGGCCCCCUUAGGACAAAUUGGUCCAAUUGGCUUAAGGCCGGCACUGACGCCCAGCAAUGUGUUCUGGAUGAAACCGACCUCUCGUCCCACACCACACUUGUCAUUUGUGUCAUCGUCAUCCUGGGAUUUGUUGGAAAUGCAAUCGCUCUGUGGAUCUUCCUCUUUCAUCUUAAACACUGGAAACCAAACACAGUGUGCUUUCUGAACCUAGCAAUCGCUGACAUGCUUCUAAUCAUCUGCAUACCCUUUCGAAUUAGUUAUAUGGUUCACGAAAACAAAUGGAUUAAUGGUGAUGUUCUUUGUCGCCUGAACCUACUCCUGAUUUCCUUUAAUCGGACUAGCAGCAUCUUCUUCCUGGUGGUUACAGCCAUCGAUCGCUAUUUGAAGGUGAUCCACCGUCUCCGCAAGCGUAACACGGUACCUGCAAGGUGCGCAGUGAAGAUUGCAGUCGCUCUGUGGUUUAUGGCAGUGGCAAUUUGGUUGCACUUGGUGACAGGACGACAUGACUUCAAGCAUAACAAUGUGACGCUCUGCGAGUCAUUCAAGAUAAACAGCCCUCAAAAUGGCACAAGUAUUUGGAUAUCUAGUGUCUACAUGUUAUUUUUCUUUAUUUUUACAGCUUUGGUUAUUCUGUUCUGUGUCUCCUGCAUCACCUGAAAGUUAAGACAGAUCAAAAGCAAUGUGCGGCGUAAAUAUAACCAAACAGUGAAGAUGGUGACAACUGUGGCGGCAAUUUUAAUCAUUUGCUUCAUGCCCACCAAUAU